AUGCACGACAAGAAUACCUCAGUUGUUUCAUACGCCGCCGGCGCCUCUCUUGCUGCCGCCGCACUCAUCUAUGUGUUUGCGCCAAAUUUUUCCAUCGACCACGAUGCUACUAGUUCCAAGAAAAAGACCAUUGUCGGCUUAAGAAACCAGGCCAAUGACUGCUUCAUCAAUUCGGUUCUGCAAGCUCUUGCUGGCCUGGUAGAACUGCGGGUGUAUCUCAUUCGCGAGACACAUCGUCGCCAUAUCGAAGACCCUGCCGUAUAUGCUAGUCUCGUCCAACCAGAAGGCAGAGAGAUCGCGCAAUGGAAGCUUCAGGGUCUACAAGAGGGACUUGUCACACAAGGACUGAAAGAAAUGCUGGAUGCGCUUAAUGAGCGCCCCAUCUACAAGAAGUCCAUAUCGCCAUUCCCAUUUGUCAAGGUUUUGGAGGCGGCCUUUAAGCAGCGGAUCAGCCGCCAACAGCAGGACGCGCAAGAGUUUCUUCAAAUCGUCGCUGAGCGACUCAAGGACGAGUACCAUUGCGGCCAACGAGCUAGGCUCCAUGUUAGAAGGCGUGGUUUGUUCCCUACCAAUAGCGCUGCCGAUAUCGAAAGCACAACUGAAGAUCAAGUCAAUGGCAAGGACAGCGAUGAAUCUUCACAAGAGCAACAGCCUCAUACAAAUGGCGACAGCAACUCUGCCAUCGAACCAUCCGAGGAUACUGAGAUACCGCAGAUCAACGGCCAACUACCCUUGGAAAACGAGGAAGGCUUCCCAAUGGAGGGAAAAUACGAAUCGCAUCUCGAGUGCCUGACAUGCCGCUAUAAGACCAAGCCCCGAGAGGAAACAUUUUGCACUAUCACGCUAGCUGUCCCUCAAGUAUCGGGCACGACGCUGAAUGCAUGCUUCGACGGCAUCUUUAAAACUGAGCAUAUCGAGGACUUCAAGUGCGAAAUGUGUCGACUGCUACAAACAAAGGCAGGCCUAGAAGCUGAAAUGACCAAGUCGACCUCGGAGAGUUUCAAGGCGCAAGCUCAGGAGAGCAUCGACAAGCUCCAGCAUACGAUAGACACAGAUCCUGAGAACCCGCCGGAAGAUCUCGAGCUUGGAGACAAUCGUUAUGCGCCUAAGCGCAAGAUUGCAAAGACGACUCGCAUGUCCAUAUUUCCAAAGAUUCUGGCUAUUCACCUGUCUCGCUCUAUCUACGACGUGGGACAAAUGACACAAAAGAACUCUGCCAAGGUAGUCUUCCCUGAGCAAUUGCCUCUUGGCGGCUUGAUGGACCAAAAGAAAUACAAGUUGCUCGGUCUAGUAACCCACCGCGGUGGACACAACAGUGGCCAUUACGAAGCGUUCCGACGACAAAAUGUUGUCGCGCCCUUCUCCAACUCGAAUACCUUUCAGCCUUCAGAAGCAUUCAGCAAGACACCGACACCUAUGGGAACACCGGUGCUCAGUGGCGGACCGACACACAGCCCGGCCAUUUCUACCCCCGACCUCUUGUCAGGCUCGUCUGGUAAUUCUUCAACGCCUUCUCUGGAUUCAUUGCCUCCCCCGCCUAGGAGUGUUCCGGCAGAUCUACGUGGUUCGGCGAGCUUACCAGCAAUCGGCAAGCAAAAGGAUCCUGAAACCAGCAGCCUCCGCUCCGUGGCAGCUUCUACUAAAUCUGCCAUCUCUAAGCUCACAUCUCCCAAGCAAACCAACAGCAGCUCGUCGACGCCCAAGCUUGUUCCAUCGAACGUGUCGAAGCGGUCGAAAAAGCGCAAGGCAACGUCAGACAAAUGGUGGCGCGUCAACGAUGAAAAGGUCAAAGAGGCCAAGACGAGCGAAGUACUAGGCAUGCAGAGAGAAGUCUAUCUACUAUUUUAUGAGCUCGAUAAGGAGGACGCUUAG